UAUGGAGGAGAAAAGAUGCAAGGAAGAAGCUGGAAUGCAGACAAACAGAUGCAGCAGCCCUGCCUAAAACAGACAGGACUACCUAUGACCGAGCCUCCAGCAUUGACGACGGACUAUGGGUCAAGUCCUUGGGUUCGCCCACUGCAAAGAAUCUCCCUCAACUGUCUCCACAACUCCAGAUUCUACCCCUUCAAGUACUGAAGGUGGAAAUGAGUCUGAUUUUCCUGACCUCCAUACUGCAAGAGAAUUUUCUGAUGAUGAAGAGGAAACAUCAGUGGACUGGGGAACUCCUCAGCAAAGUUCCUGUGAGUUGACGUUUUCCUACAUCACCUUCUCAGGAAGUACAGAAGGUGAUGUUAAUAUGGGACACAGGAGAGACUCUUUUUCUGGUGAACUUGCUCAUUCUGACAGGGAAAACAGGGUCAGAAGACAAAGAAGGCAUAAGUCCUCAGGAUUAAUGCGAACUGAAACUACCGAAACAUUUAUAUCAGAACUCAGUGAGAACACUUCUUUCACAUUGCACCAGUUUCAUGGUUUUGAUGCAGACAAUCAAUUCUAUCUUGACAAUUUGGGAUCUGAGGAGCAGCACUCUUUAAGUGGCUGGGACCCUACAAUUUGUUUUAUAGAUGAACCUGAAUGCCCCCAAAGUGAAUUAGCAGCAGAUGAUGUAAAAAUCAAGGAAUACAGUCAGUACUUAAAACAUACCUGGCGAGAGACAAAAGGUGGGAGUCCAUUUGAGAAGGACAGUGGAAUAACAGUUACUGAAAUCCAUCCUGUAUGUUCAGAGGUUUUUCCUGGAACAGAAACUCCUCCUCAAAGCAUAGAGGAGACCGUAAGUCUUUGUAGAAUCACUCCUAUUCACUUACCCCUUGCAGACUCAGGAGACAAGUCAAAAAGCAAUCAAGAUGCACCGAGUGAUGUCAUUACUGAUGAUUCAGGGCAUAAUAUAGUUCAGCCCAGACCUGACAGUUUACUCUCGGAGGCCUUAUCCCAACCUGGAGCUACAGUUUACAUGGACAUUCUUUCAAAAGAAAGUCCUACAUUACCUCCAGCCUUUAAUACAUUGGGCUGCAAUCAAGAUCGCUUCUCUGAUGAUGAGGAAGAUGUUAAAUAUUGGCUUGAAAAUGAACCAUUCAUAUUAUCACAUCAUAUGCACUCUGACCAAUCAGGGAACAUUUUGAAAAUAAGAAUGCUGGGAUUCUUUUUCCUUUCCUCUACCCAUACGGAAGUCGUCUUUAACCAGCUGCUCUCCACAAGGUGUGACGAGGAAGUGGAAGAUGGUCGAGGAGAAACACGAGUUUCAAAAAAAGGUACUGAAACCCGCAACGAGGAAUUAGUUGUUAAUAUUUCAAGCUAUAGAUUAACUGAAUACGAAAGGUCAUUGUUGAACUGUGGCCUAUCAUUCAUACCUUCAAAGACUGUUGAUAUAACUGAUGCCAUUCUAGAUGUGAAACUGUUUAUGAGACAGAUUGGACUUAGUUUGAUGUUUGGUAAUACCAUGACAGAUAGAAAAGAUGUUUUUGCUAAACCAUCCACUUUUAUGCCUCAAGGCCAUCCUGUUCUGGAAGCUUUUGAAAAAGCUUGUGAAAGGGAUUUAUUUGAGCUUUAUAAAGGCCAGAGUCUAAGAGUAUCCCGCCUCACUACAGAUGAAGUGACACUUGGUUCUAAACAACAAAUGUUAGCCGAAAACCUGAAAUCAAGAGGCUAUAGUACACAUGAAGUGGAAAAUGUUUUUCAUGUCAAUGAUUUAAAUAGGAAUAGUAAAGGGAACCCUUAUUUGGGAAAUGCUGAAGAGAUAGAAGCUUUUCAGCAGUUACGCAUUACUCAUCUCACAGGAGCCAGGCUGCAGUUAGAGUAUCAGAGUCUGCAUAAGAUGGAGGCACGGACAGAAUGUCCUGGAAGGGAAAGCGUAUGCUGCUCCUACAAACAGAAAGUGGCUGACCUUUUGUACUGGAAGGACCUGAAAACAUCGGCGAUUGUGUUAACUGGGCUUAUGCUGGUGCUGCUCUCCCUCUCCCAGUUCAGCGUGAUCACUGUGGUUUCUUAUGUGACGUUGUUAGUGCUCUGUGCCACUGUCAGUCUCAGGGUGUACAAAAAAAUACUGCAAGCCCUUCAUAAGUCAGAUGGGGCAAACCCUUUCCAAGAAUACCUGGAUAUGGAUAUGUUUGUAUCCAAAGAGCAACUUCAGAAGUAUGUAGAGACGAUCAUCCUCUACUUCGCCUCCCUAGUCAAGGAGCUCCGUCGCCUCAUCUUAGUUGAAGAUCUGGUUGAUUCAAUAAAGUUUGCAGUAUUAAUGUGGCUUCUGACCUUCAUCGGUGCAGUUUUCAAUGGCCUCACUAUUCUCAUUCUGGCUGUAAUCAGUAUGUUUACUAUUCCCCUGCUGUACCGACAACAUCAGGCACAGAUUGACCAGUAUGUGGGGCUUGUCACAGCUCAGAUCAGUGAUAUUAGGGCAAAGAUCCAAGCAAAACUCCCAAGUGCAAAGUCCAAGGCAGAGUGAAAAUGAGCUGAUCCCAAAGCCAGGGAGCAGCAACACGAGCGCUGACUUAAAAGAAGCAAGAAAGACAAAUUAAUCUUUUUUCAGUGACCACUGCCUUUGAGUUAAUCUUUUUCUUUCCCCAGACACAUCUUUAAAGAUCAAAUAUUUCUGUUUGUAAAGAAAAUGUGCUAUCCCAGAAGCACUGCAUAAAAGCUUCAGAAAGGCUUGGGCAUCAUUCCAAAGACCGUGUUGUCUUAAUUAAAUCAUGGAUGCAAUUUAUUUAUUGUACUUUUGCCAAAAAAACAUGGCCUCAGACAUUAUGCAGGAUGGCCCCAAAAUUAAGGACACUGCUUGGGCCUGUCCUGUUAAUGUGUAAUGAGUUUUCUCAACAUUUUUUCAUAUGUUCUUUAUUAGAAGUUGAUCAUCUGUUCUUACUUAGAAUUUAAAUGUUUUGUCUCACACCAUAUAGAAUUUAUCCCUCUAAUGUCUUAUGUUAGAAUUUCCUCUCAUUUAGCUCUGAAGAAACCCUCUUCUUUAAAAAGGGCACUUGUACAAUGGGAUUUUAAAGAAAAAAAAAACACUACACUUUGCUGAAUUGUAAACUUUAGAAUUAUGUGUAUUAAAGCCCUUGGUUAAACAAUA